AUGGCCUGCGCCGCUGCAGUGCCAGGGAGUUUCCAGUACGGCUUUGGUUUGAGCUCAAUCAACGUGCCACAAGCUGGGAUUUGCAGAUCCCUGCAUUUGGCACCAACUUCCUUUACGUGGUCUGCAUUGGUUGCAAUUUUAUCUCCUUCAGGCUUGCUAGGUGCUUGGUUGGCACCUGUGGCCGUGUCCCGUUUGGGACUCUUGAGAUGUUUACGAAGUACGUCAUUCUUUUUCAUCAUCUCUGGGCUUAUCUUCCCUUUGGCCCACCACGUGUCCGUGUCCGCUUCGACAGCGACCGUUCCACUGUGGCUUUUCGCCUUGGGCCGUGUGGUGGGUGGCUUCGGCGCUGGUGCUGCCACGGUUUUCGUGCCACUCUACCUGGGGCAGCUGGCACCUUUGCACCUCAGAGGGGCCAUCGGCAACCUCCAUCAGGUUGCCAUUGUCCUGGGGCUGUUGGUGGCACAGCUGGCAGGCAUGAGUUUGACGUGCCCAGUACCUGGUGGGUGCCCACGAAAAGAUUGGGGCAAAUUUUGUGAAAGCAUGUGA